AUGCAAACUGAAGUGCCUGUACUGCCAAUUGUGGAUUCAAAUGGGCACAAACGCUGUACUAGAAAAACUAAUGGAGAGGCCGGUUCGUCGAUAGAAAGUAAGAAUCAUACGCAAUGCAAGAGUGCUCAGUUUCUCAUAUCGAAUCGCAAGCAUUUGAAUCCCAUACUUGGAGCGCCGUACAAGAAUAGCAUGAGGCUGCACUGUGUCUCGGAGCCGACGAGGCGGCCCCUGAAGAACCCAGUGGGUCAGAGGAUCAUCUCAGCGAAGACUCUGAGGGUCAAGGAGCUGCAGAAUCAACUGACUGAUGCACAUUAUCAUUUGAAUGAACUGGCUAAUGAGAAUAGACUGCUGAAAGCGCUCCAGAAGAGACAAGACUCUGCGUUGAAGAGAUACGAAGGAGCUAAUGCAGAAUUACCGAGGAUUAUCAACUCGCAUCAUGAGGAAUUGAAGGUUCUGCAGACUAAGUACAAGAGACUGAGGUCUCAGCACAAGCAGACGUGUGACUUGCUGAAGGAGAAGGACAAUGAAAUCCACACUUUACAGACACAAAAUAAACAUUUACUGCAAUUGAGUAAAGACCGACACCUGGGGGAACGCGAGAAGCUGCAGAUGCAGGUGUCUGAUUUAAAUCACAGGAUAGAACAGCAGCAGGAAACUAUUCAGAAUUUGAACAGGAAAUUAUCUCUAGAGAGUAAAAGCCUGAAGCAUCAGUUGCAUGUUGAGGCAACGAAGCAUAAAGAGACCCAGAAGCAGUUGAACGAGGCCCUCGACAAAUUAAAAAAUCUGGAGGAAUUGUUAGACAAUAGAGAAAAGAGAUUGUAUCACAGUGGACAAUUGCCGGCGUUCAACAAGCGGAAAGCGUUGACGAGUCAGUCUUUAACGAAUUUAGGACUCUCCCAUCUGAUAAAAUCUUCCAGUAAAAGUAGGGACUCGCAGAGUGAUUUCAAAAACAAGAGUUUGCCAAAACUACCAGUGAACGACUCGAGCGACUCGAAGCCCUCAUCCUCCAAGACGGAAGUCCCGGACCUCCCCAGGACUGAAACAAUGGCGAGUCUCCACCAGAUCCGUAAGUUUCGGCUCCAGAAGUCCAGCCAAGACCCACCUCGAGCGCUCACAGACCGUCUCCCCCUGGAGGAAGGCCCCGAGGCCUCGAAAAACCCCCGAAACGCCGUCCUGAACCACUCGGUCCCCACCGACAUGCACAAGUUGUACGACCGACUGGACUCCCAGGACCUCGCCGACGACGAGAUCAAGCACAUAAUGCACAACUUUGAGCCUAGAACCCCCUAUCGAACAUCCAAAGAUCUCCUCAAGGAGUACGGAUACUCCACCGACACCGAGAGCGAAAACCUCGAGGAGGAGGAAGAAGAGGAGCAUCUCCAGCGACUCCAGCACCCGAGGGCCUCCCCAACGAGCAAAUCGCGGCACUUGCACUCGAAACUGAUCAACGGAUCGCUCGACAAUCAGAGUCUCCACCUGGAGGACGCCUUCCACGACCUGAAAGCCCAGAGACUCGAGAGUAAACUCUACAGGAGAGUCCGGCGAGACUCUGAAGUUAAAGACGUGGAGACAACCUCGGGAAGUGACUCUGAGCCCGAAAAGACCACCAAACCGGAAGCGUCGAGACUCAGAAAGAUAGAGGAAUCGAAUCCCCCUGUGGCGGAUAUCGAGAACAGUCAAGAGCGAUUGCUGAGCAUCACGAAAUCCUGGACAGACCUUCAACACAGGAUAAAGCGAGGUCGAGAGGCCUCUGAGGCUCAACUAAACUCCCUGGAGAACUCCCCAGAGACGGAAGAGAGCACAUCCAGAGGGAAGGAGGACAAGCUGCUGAGAUACUUCGAGAGGGAAGAGGAAGUGGAACAGGAGAUCUACGAGUCCCACGACAAAUCUCGUCGUGGAACCUUCGGCCUUGAGCGCUCCCAGUUCUCGGACAAUCAAUUAUCCGUGAAGAAUGGGUACAACGAGAGUGAUUCUGUGACGAAUGGGGAAUGCUCACCCGGGGAAACACCGGAAGUGGGCAGAAGAAAAAGUAGUGAUGGCGUUGUUGAGGCGGACAUAAGUAGUUUUAGGGGGAAAAACCCAGGGACAUCAAUUCCGAGUGCUGGGAAAAUCGAUGGAGAUUCGGCUGAUGAUAAACUGGGGGACAAGGUGAAUGAUAAAGGCGGGUUUAAUAAGGAGAGAUUGCUGGCUGCCAUGAAGGCCAUCGAUGAUAACGAGAAUAUAGAGUUCAUUUCGAAUCAGAAGACCAAUCAGAGGGGCAAUUCAAGCGUCAGGUCUCAGGUCACUGAGAACCUGUACCGGGGACUGCCGACACACGCCAGGAAACGGGAUGACAUUAUUAAAGACAUUUUUAGUGACGCUAAGGUGGAUAAUAAACUGCGGAGUGGAUGUACUGUUACUUCAAGGUUGACAGCUGAUUAAUUUAGCAUGGGUAAUCAAUUUGAACGGCGCUGGGGACACGUCGCUGGUUAGGUUUUUCAAAGGGUUGACAGAUCCAUUUUAACGAGCUGUGAAUGACUUAUUGUGUAGUUUCACUACUUUUGAAAUUCAGUGGUUUUACCUUUGCAUAAUCAACGUUUUGGACGGAUUGUAGACCUUUAUCGAUCUCGGUUAGAAUUGAUGGAUCGUGCUCGAUGUGGAACAUCACUGGGGCUGAACAGAGAUUGAAUGGAGAUGCUGGAUCCUCCUUGCUGAUGAAUGGACUCAAGUCGAGACAUGCCUAAAAAUUAAUUAUGAGUAUUUAA